AUGAAGCUGUCCCGCGCCAUCCCUUGGGCCUUGCUGCUCAGUACAGCCACAGCGAUUUCAAAUGACUGGUACCCCAGACAUCGUGACUGUGGGGGAGUCAUCAAAACAGAAUAUGGAAUUAUUGCCACCUAUUACGGACCAAACACUGAAUGUGUCUGGACCAUCGAGAUGGACCCAGAAUUCCAAGUUGCUGUGGACAUACCACAUCUCCGCCUCACUUGUAAUAAAGAGUAUGUGGAAAUUCUAGAUGGACCACCAGAAUCUAACAGCUAUGGGAAGAUUUGUAAAGGUCUAAACUUGGAGUAUAGAUCUUCUUCCAAUGUCAUGACAGUCAAGUACAGCAGACAAUCUGACCACCCAGCUUCCUCCUAUGAGAUCAUUUUCUUUAAGAAUCCACAAGGUUAG